AUGGCAGAUAUUAGCUUUGUGGUGGUGUAUCUAGAAGUCGUGCCUCCGAUCGGGUUCGUCCUCUUUCUCGUUUCCCUCUUAUCUCCAAAUCGUUCUGCAAUGUCCUGUAUAAAUAAAAGAGGAGAAUCAGUGGAAGAUAAGAUUAAAAAGCUUGGUGUUGAGCUUUGCAAAUACAGAGAGCAUAUUCAAAAGACACGAUCUGGUCCUGUUCAACAAGCUCUCAAAGCUCGUGCUAUGAGGCUUCUCAAGCAGAAGAAAAUGUAUGAAGGACAACGCGACAUGCUUUAUAAUCAGACAUUCAAUCUCGAUCAAGUCUCUUUCGCUGCUGAAGGUCUCAAAGUUGCUCAACAAACUGUCAUAUAUGCGAGCUCGUCUGCCAUGGGGAUCUCCGUCUGUGAACAAUUCAGAGUUUUGGUCACCAUCAUCAGCAGGGACGCAACUUCUUAA